AUGCUGUGCAACUCCGGCUUGCUCCGGGUCGUGGCCUCCUUCCUCCUGGACAGAGGCAUCGUCGGCUACCGCCUCUACCGUGCCGUGCCCGAGGGCUGGCCAGGCGCCGCAGGCGCGGCGCUGACCGAGGCCGUGCUCAUCGCCGCCUCGAUGGCCAUGCUUUUCUUGCGCUCCUCGGGGCGGGCGGACUUCGCUGCGCCGUGGCUGUGGGUUCUCGUCAUCGCCUGCUUUGCCCGAGAGUCGUCCUGGAUAUCCCAGGGGCUCCGCUGGAUGGCGCCGUUGGGCAAGUACGCUUUCUCCGCCUACAUGGGCCACUGGAUAUUGCUACAGGCACUCAUCGAUCACAAGGUCAACGCGAUGGAGGGAUACGCCCCCAUCGCCAUCUUCGGGGGAGACUCCUGGCGCUCUGGUCGGCCCUGGCCUACCACGCCGUGGAGGAGAUCCGUGCAACCGGUGGCUGCGCAGGGAGUGGGACGCGCUCCUCGACUCGGUGCGCCAGAGGCAGCGGCACCAGCUGCCCUUUGCCGGGGGCCUGCCCUCGCCGGGGCCAGGACUGCCGGCCCUACACGCCCCGCAGUAUUGGCAGCUCCAGUCCGAGCGCUCUUCGUACACAGGCCGGGUGCCGACCGCGAGCGUGCCUCAGCACGCGGGCUUCCCGGAGGCGGCCCCGCUGCACCACUGGCAGGGCGACCCCGCUGGGGGCCAGCUGCGGGCGCCGGGGCACGAAGGCAGCCCGCUGACGCGGCUGCUUUCGUGCGGCGGCGUCUGCCUUCCUCCGCAGACGCAGUGGGCCGAGCAGCCGCCAGGAGGCGCCUGGCCGCAGGGCGCGCCGCCCACCCCGCGCACGAUGAGGCUCUUUGCGCCCCAGCCGCGGUGAGGCAGGGGCAGAGAGGAGGGGGAGGAGGAGGGGAGGAGUUACCACCGCACUUGACAGUCGCCGUGCUAUAUCUUGCGGCUGCUACGAAGUAG